GCCACAGUAACACCUGUCUGCGGUAAGGCUGCCAUGGCCGCCCCGGGCAUUGAAGGUGGUCGCGUGCCCGUCAUUCUGGACGUGUACGUAUAAACCUGGCGGUCCCUCCUCUAAGCCGCCUCCUGGUCAGCCGUUUUCCACCGACAUCUCUGUUUAUAAAGUCGGACGAAGCUGUACAAGGUACACAGGCAUCGGUUUGGCACGACCGACAUCGACUGGAAGCCGGGUCAGCAGGAACAGCACAACCCUGACGAGGCACAAAGUACCUAGGUUUCCGAUCCGAUAACCUCCGACACCCACCAACCAUGGGCGUGGGAGCAUUUCUCGAGCCCCUGAUCGUGGUGAGCCUUCUGGCUGGGGGAACCAUCCUCAACCGCGAUCGGCCAGGCAGCGGUAGACGGGGCGGCUAUGAGAAGGGUAUCAGAUCGUCUUCUUCCUCGCCGAAGCGCUCGUUUGCUGGGGAUGCCCUCGAGGCCGAGUCGGGACGGCGGUGGUCGGGGGAUGGCGAUGAUACGAUGCCGCUCAGCCCAUGGAGCGCGGAUUCUUUGGGCAGCUCCUCGACAACACUUCUCAGCCAGGGCGACGACGACCUAGGACCCAGGUGGCGACAGCGGACGCUUCGGCUUUGGAAGUGGGAGAAGAAGGUCAUCACGCCCAACACCGAGGUCUUCGAGGACCGUCUUCUCAGCCGGGUAUUGCGGAGGUUGCCUUUCCUUGUCGAGGCUUGGUACUGGGCCCUGAUUUAUUGGGUUUACCAAGUUGGGCGAGCCAUCGGCGCCUUGGCAAUGGAUGAGUCGACCGUCGAUGUCGCUCGGCGACAUGCCCUGCAGCUCAUCCACUUGGAACAACGGCUGCACAUUUUCGUCGAACGCCCAGUCCAGGAGUGGUUCCUCCAGCACGCAACGCUCAUGCGCUGGACCAACCGGGUGUACUCCUUCGUUCACAUCCCCGGAAGCAUCCUCUUCCUCGUCAUGUUUUACUACCUCACCACGACGCGGCCGAGGCGAAAUGCACAAAGUGCCCUGCCGAGCAAGCCCACCUCCAACAGCCGACCUGCCCUCAACCCGGCCCUCUACGAGCAGAGGCGGCGAACCAUGGCUAUGUGCAACCUGUUCGCCUUUAUCAUUUUCACGUGCUGGCCCUGCAUGCCGCCGAGGCUGCUGAGCGACCCGACCUUCGACGGCCCAGACGCGAAGGAGGCCAAGGGUUAUGGCUUCGUCGACACAGUGCACGGUGCGGACGGUGAGAGCAGCGUGUGGACCACGAACCGGUUCUGUAACCAAUAUGCGGCCAUGCCAUCCCUCCACUUCGGCUACUCGCUCCUCAUCGGCCUCACGGUGGCCACCAUGCCUGUUCAGUUCCGCGGCUGGAAGCGGAUGGCCCUGAUCGUCGGCGGCAUGGCGUACCCUGGUCUUAUCCUCACGGCAAUCGUUGCCACCGCCAACCACUUUGUGCUCGACGCUGUUGCAGGCGCCUGCGUGGUUGCCGUGGCGUGGCACGCCCAGGGCAUCAUGCUGAAUUUGCUCGUAUUGGAGGACUACUUCCUGAGGCUCGUGCGCAUUCACAAGCCGUCCAAGGAGCUUGGGGGCUCGAGAGAUGCGCCGAUUGAGUAGGCGGUACCAGGAGAUUGUAUCCUUGCAGCAGGCGGGUUAAUGUGUAUAAUAAUAUGUGUUACGAUACCGGGGAGCGUUGUAGACCAUGGUCACUGUUGUCUAGUAUUGACGAUUUUGAGAGUUGGAGUUUAUUCGGGAACAGGCUUCUGGUUCACACAGCGAGACCUUUAUAGAACGCACCGAAUACCAUGGGUUCCACCUGCUCAAAAGAAUAGGCUUGCAUGUCCUGGCCCAGUUCAGCCUCGCCAAGAAGGCAUUUUGCUUGUUACACUGCGUCCUCAUUCGGCGCCACACUGUUAGCACAAGUGCGAAUACUAACAAACCAGUGAUUAUACGUUCUUAGCUGGUUGUGUAGGUGGUUU